AUGUCACAGAUACUCCAAGACUUAUUAACGUAUCUUAACAAUUUUCAGAUGAUAGGCCUCAGAAAUGCUAUAUUUAAAUCUCAGCAGUUAUAUGAAUAUGAAGCGGGAAGUUUAGAGAAGGAUCAUCUGAAAUUGUGGCUCUUAGUUCAUGUUUGGAAUUUAAUAGACAGAGGAUUUGGCAAAUCAGAGUUAUUUAGCCAGACAUUCUCAAAUAGGAAAAAUCAUAAUCAAACUGAAUCUGCAAUUAUUGAAGUUUCUACUGAGUAUAGAUGUUUAGAGACUGAUAAAUCUUUCAAAGCUAUUGGAAUAGAAGAGAAAAAGAUAAGAAAAUUGCAAUUAAUUGGGUUUAUACACUCGAGUAGGUUUGAUGAUAGAAUUUUUCAAGUUUUAUACAUGUCAAAUAACUCAAAUAAAAAUAUUGGAAAUCUCCUCUCAAAUAAUACAAUUCAGCUUAAAGGUACUUUCUAUAAUUGUGUUGGCAUAAAAAGUGAAGACAAUCAGCUUCAAAAUUUACAAAAUCAUUGUGAAUUUUCUCCUUCACAGAUAAAAUUAAAUCAAGCUAUUGCUUUUGAUUUCCUGAGUUCAAAGAACAAGACUAGAAAAAGGAUUACUUUAAACUCUAAUAACAAGUCUAAAAGAAAUACUAAGAAAUAG